AUGCAGCACUCAAGUUUGACAGAGAAUGGUUACAUACAAGCUCCUGACAUUCAUCCUGAUCCAGAUUCUGUCCUCCUCACCACAAAUGUACAUGGUACCUCCAUGCUUCAAGAUAACUUGACCACCCUCGAGAGUCUACAACUCUCUAAUUCUCCCUCGCUCGCAGCAACCAUGACCCAAUCCUUGGCAAGUCCCGCCCAUUCAAAGAAUCAAGAGUUGAUUGACCUGGUGCUAUCAAUGAAUAACGCCCUCAAACUUAAGGACCAAAUGAGGGAAGAGCAACAGGCUGACUUUCACACAACACUGGAGAAGUUUCAAUGCGAUCAGCUGCGGAGGGAUGAGGAUGCGAAAAAAAAAUUCCAGCAAUACACCAAGGAUGUGGACAUCCUCAAGCAAGAGCGCAGCCUUGACCAAUCACGAAUCAAAUUCUUAGAGGACAGGCAACAAGAGGACAGACUGCGGAUUAAGGACCUGGAGGAUACCCAACAACAGAACAACUCGCAGAUUAAGGACCUGGAGGGAUCGCUUCUCGAGGAGAAGAAGAUCCAGGUGGAGGAGAGGGAAGCUAGUGCGAAGGAGAAGGCAUCCAUGCUAAUGAGGAUCCAGGAGAUUGAAGACGAGCACAUUGAAACUGCUGGUGCGAAGAACACCUUUCGUAUUACGCAGUCAUUCCUCUGGAGGGAGGCACUGGCUUCCUCCCAGACAACCGCUGAGCACUUGCAAACUGCCCAUACACUGUUGAACGCACCAGGGGCGUCCCUUGAUACUGCCAUGAAAAAAUUCCUCUCAUCCACCACUGGGAUGACUCUUGCAGUCCAAAAACCAUCAGAGAUCUGUGAAAUGGGAGACAGUGUAGCACACCCUAAACUUCAUGCUAUCUUAGAGACUAAUGGAUUACUCAAUGAUGCAUUAGAUCAAUUUGCUACAGCGAGAGAUGAUGCUCAUGAGCUCGUUAGCUCAGCGGAAUUCAAGCAAUCACUCACCGACAGGCUUCGUGCCUGCUUAUUGUCUCAGAAUCUCUUUGAAUUUGUAAAGAAACACCCUUCUGUGUUCAAGAUACCCCUUGUCACCCUACAGGAUCUUGAGCUCAUGAAUAAGUUGGACUCGAUGAUUAAGGAACUGUUUAUGCAGCAGCAUGGAAGCAUGAAACAAAAGAUCGUCACUUCCGCUGAUAGAGAAUCAAAUAUUCAUGCACUCUGUCGGUCAUUAUCGGGUAACUGUACUGAGAUUACUUCAGCACACUGGUCUCAUGUGGCCUUUCUGUGUUCUUCGCUGAUUCAAUUCCGGACUGUUGUUGCAGAGAGUGCAAAGCUUCAAGAGGAAGUCACUUCGAACAAUGACCAUGUACAUGUGCCAGCAGAUGCGGAGGGCGACAAUGGCGAUCCCAGUCCUUCAGUGACCACACAGUGCACUUGGACGUUCAAUCAAUACUGGAGCUAUAUUGACAUUCUUCUAGAUGAGCUCAGGGACGAUGCUAAGAAGAAUACAUCUAUGACUCAGGCAGCCGAAGAAUUCACUAAAAAAUUUUUUACAGAGGUCCUCCAAGCUGACUUAUGA